CUACCACAUCGCUUCCACCCCGCUAUAAAACUCACCGUUUCACUUCCUUUCCCUUUGCCUUCCCUGAAGAAAAAGAAAGAGUUGAUCUGUCAGAAAAUGUCUACGUCACCGUCCGUCACCGAAAUCCAGGUGGAGAACGUUACAUUCCCUCCAACGAUCAAGCCCCCGGGUUCCACCAAAACUCUGUUCCUCGGUGGUGCAGGGGAGAGAGGAUUGGAAAUCCAAGGAAAAUUCAUCAAGUUCACGACGAUAGGAGUUUACUUGGAAUAUAACGCCGUGGAGUGCCUUGCCGUUAAGUGGAAGGAUAAGAGUGCCGACGAGCUAACGGAAUCCGUUGAGUUUUUCAGAGACAUCGUUACAGGUGCCUUUGAAAAGUUCAUACGAGUGACAAUGAUCUUGCCGUUAACGGGUCAGCAAUAUUCUGAGAAGGUAGCAGAGAAUUGUGUUGCCAUCUGGAAAUCUCUUGGACUUUACACUGAUGCAGAAGCAAAAGCCAUUGAAAAGUUCAUUGAGGUUUUCAAGGAUGAUAACUUCCCACCUGGCUCUUCCAUUCUUUUCACACUAUCAGCCCAAGGUUCACUAACAAUUGGCUUUUCCAAAGAUGGUUCUGUGCCAGAAGUUGGGACAGCAGUGAUAGAGAAUAAACUACUUGCAAAUUCAGUGCUAGAGUCCAUUGUUGGCAAGAACGGAGUUUCACCUGUAGCAAAGCAAAGCUUGGCAUCAAGAUUAUCAGCAUUGUUCAAUGAUUGCGGCGAGAAAGCGGCAGCCGACAACGGAAAACCGGAGUCUAAGUAGUUUCCCUGUCUCAUAGACCAGAUGAUAUGAAAUUGUUGUUUUUUUAAUCUUGUGUGUGCUUAUAGCAUAGAAGCAAAUAAAAUUUGUUUGUAUACUGAAUCAAAUAUUCCACGAAUCAUCUGGGCUAUCUUUGUUUGGAGGAAAUGAUUCCAGUUGAGAAAUAAACUCAAGUCUGUAUUUUCAAGAACUGAAGUUUGAGAAAAUUUAAGUUUCAUUACGUUUUCUACCUGGUUAA